ACUAGAGAGCUCUGAAACGUACCAGAAGGUUCGUCGGAUCAAAACGAUCACCAGUCCGUCAUAAAGGCCCCAGAAAGUACUGGAAUUCUCCUCUCCUUCCUAUAAAUACCCAACCCCUGCCAUAUCCAAUCCAAUCCAAUCGAGAGAAUUUCAAGGACAACUUUCUCUGCAACCAAACAGACUUAGCAAACCCUUUCCCCCUGAAUUACGCAUCAAAUUCCACAACCGAAACAAUGUCGCUGAUCCCAAACUUCUUCGGCAACCGACGGGGCAACAACGGCAUCUUCACCGAUCCGUUUGCUCUCGACGUGUGGGAGCCCUUCCGAGGCAUUCCCUUCCCGGAGCUCUCUCGCGAGAACUCGGCGUUCGUGACCACCCGCGUGGACUGGAAGGAGACUCCGGAGGCGCACGUGUUCAAGGCGGACCUGCCGGGGCUGAAGAAGGAGGAGGUGAAGGUGGAGGUCGAGGACGACAGGGUUCUGCAGAUCAGCGGGAAGAGGAACGUCGAGAAGGAGGAGAAGAACGACAAGUGGCACCGCGUGGAGCGGAGCAGCGGGGAGUUCAUGCGCCGGUUCAGGCUGCCGGAAAACGCGAGGAUGGAUCAGGUGAAGGCGGCGAUGGAGAACGGGGUGUUGACCGUUACCGUCCCUAAAGAGGAGGUGAAGAAGCCUGAUGUCAAGUCGAUUGAAAUCUCUGGUUAGAGAAUUGUGGAUGUUUUCUUUAUGUGUCCCUCCCUAGUUGAAGUUUUAGUUUUGUUGCUCUGUUUAGAGUCAUCGCCGUUUGUGUGUGUGUGUUAAUGUGGUGGAAAUAUGUGUUUUGUAGUAUGUAAUGUGCAGUUUUGAGAUGAGUAACAAGACCUCUUUGUGUGAUGUGAGAAAAAAUACAGAGAGAAUGCAAGUAUGUAAUGGUGACUUGUACUCACCAAUUUUAAUGUUAAAAGAGUAUGGUUACAUGAGUCA